AUGGAAACACGGAAUAAUCUACUUCCAAUCAGUAAACCUGAAGAGUUAUUGAAAACUAUCAAAAUUCCAUUAGAAGAACAGAAAGUGAUUCGAGCACAUCAAUUAUAUCCUUUAGCUACACCAAUGAACAGAAACUCAUGCCAUGUUAUUUAUAACGACGGUGUACAUAGUGAUUGUUGUGUAUGGUCACCUGAUCCGUUAAUCAAUGGUCCAGCAAGAUGUGGCUGUUUUAUGGCUACUAUUCUAGCUAUAUUCAGUAUCAUGUUAUUACUUAUAGGGAUAAUUUUAACCAUACUGCAUUACGUAAUCGGCAUGGAAUUUUACACAAUUAACCGUGGUCAAACUAUUGGUCCAUUACUAUUAGGCCUCACAAUUAUACCACUUAUAUUCAUGAUCUACUUCAUAUGUAUAGCUAGGCAUAAAAUAACUGAUUAUGUUGAACAGUUAUCAUUGAAUUACCUUGCCAAAGAACGAAUAGCUUAUAGACAACAUCAGGCAGAAUUAGCACGAAGUUCAAUUGGAUUACAAAACUCAUCUAGAUACAGUUAA